AUGGAUAUUCCACAUUUAGCAUGGUUUAAGAUGCUGCUCGUGGUUGCAAAGCAGUCCUCUGAAGAUUUGUACAACAUGGCGGCAACCUGUAAGUUAUUUAAACAAAUGCUCAACGAUCCUGAGGUUUGGACAACGGUGUCAGUGGAUAAGUAUCAGUGGCAUCAGGACUGGUACGGUGAAGAUGAAGGGAAAAUUGUUGAGUUCUUGCAACAGUGCAAACAAUAUAACAAUCCAGAAAUCAUUUACAGAGAAGCUAUUCAUGACUUCUUCGUGAAGAAUGAUGAUGAGGCGCUGAAGAACCUGCGGGUGGCGGCUAUGGCAGGGCAUGAGGAAGCCUCCUACCUUGUUGGCUUGCUAGGGCUGUUGAACCCUAGCGACGGCAAGGAGAAUGGGCUGGAGUUUUUGUGCCAUCUCAGCAAAACGAAGAAACUGAACAUAAAAGCUUGCAGGGAUUCAAUAACCUUGCGACUGGGUCGGUAUACAAUGUCUGGCACCAAAACUCCUCCUCUGCUUGAAAAGUUUACUGCAGGCGAAGAUUUUUUUCAAGACUGCAUUGACUGUGAGGGUAAUCGGAAGUGGUAUCAGUUCGGGGACCACAGUGCCCAAGACUGGGACAACGUAGAUGCUUGGAACUGCUGUGAACCCUGCAAAUGGAAGAGGGAGCUGUUCUGCAUCCAGCGCGAACUCCACUUCAUGACUGUGUUUGAUAUAUAA